AUUAUUCGGAGCUAUAAAUUUUGUUUUGUCGAAAUUUGCAUAUUUCCCUUCCUUUCUGGGAGCAAAACAAAAUGCCAAAUACAUAAAAGGUGAAGCAAGUGAAGUUAGCGAGAAUUGCUGUCAAAGGCAAACGUUUCUAGGCAGCUUUUCAAGAAAACCUAACCAAUCUCCACAUCAAAAUAUUAUAAAAAAAAAAUAAUAAUUAGAAUUCAUAUUAUUACCAGCACCUUUAAUAUUCCAAAACACAUACAUCUAAAACGCACUAUUUACAUUUGCAAAACGUAAAAAUCAACAAUACUUAUACCUAAAACCCCACAAACAAAUUUGCAAAUUCUUUACAACGACAUAUAUUGUGCAAAUUUUCAACCAUAGGCCUAUCCGAGACAGCCGUUAUGGACGUAAUGUCAUCCUCACUGCAACAGCAACGUAUAGUCGUCGAGCAAUUGCGGCGCGAAGCGUCCAUCGUGCGCCAACCGGUCACUGAGUCUUGCGCUCAGAUGAUCAAAUAUAUCACGGAGCACGAACAGGAGGAUUAUCUUUUGACUGGUUUCUCCAGUCAAAAAGUCAAUCCCUUCCGUGAGAAAUCAUCAUGCACCGUGCUAUAAACAACUACUAACAACAGCAGUCACCAUCCAAAGUUAGAAAACGAGUUGCCGGUAUUGACAUUGGGGAGUAUAAAUGGAGAGGGAGUUUGGUGUGAGGCUUUGGCGAAAUGUAGUCAACAAUUUUCUACGAAUUUGAAUUUGGAGUAUUGCAGUAAAUUAGUUUCUGUAUCGUGGGUAAGCGUGUGAGAGUGUGCAUUGCAUUUUGAAUGGAGGAAGCGGUUAAGCAGUGCGAGCAGAAAAUGUAAAUUUGGCGAUGAGUGCGGCAAUGAUCGCAUACAAUUUGAAUUCGAAAAAUAUCUUGAGUACUAUGGGACAAUUAAGUACACAUAUUAAAGCAUAAUAAUUGCAACAAGUAAACACAUUUACAGUUGUCUACUCAUACACAUACGCAUUUGAUGAUGAAUUAUAUACAAAACUAUUCAACGUAUGAAACACAUCCAAACAUAUUAUAUACACAAA